UGUGCUUCCACCUCUUCUUCUCCAAAAAUGACACCAAAAAGGGCUUGCUUUUGGUCUGCUGCUGCUGCUGCUGUUUGGCGUGAUGUGUCACGUCCAGCUGGCUCAAGCAGCCGAUGCGUGUGGCACUGGCGGCGUGUGCUUCUGCGGGGGAUCCACUGUCAAUUGCCAAAGCAGAAAUCUCACUGAGAUUCCAAGCGAAAUCCCAGUUGGCACCACGAGCCUGAGUCUAUAUGACAACCAAAUCACCAGCCUUCCUGCCUCUGCAUUCACAAGCCUGACUGCGCUGGUUGCCGUGUAUUUACAAGACAACCAGAUUACCGCCGUUCCCGCCUCUGCCUUCGCAGGCAUGACUACCCUGAAACAACUGCACCUGGCGAACAACCAACUUACCAGCAUUUCUACCGGCACAUUCGCAGGCCUGACUUCGCUGGUGUCCUUAUAUCUGGCUGGCAACCAAAUCACCACCAUUCCCCUAAACGCAUUCGUCGACCUCACUCAACUUGUUGGCCUGGAGCUGAACAACAACCAGAUUACCGACAUUCCCGCCUCUUCCUUCACUGGCCUGUCUGGCAUGAAACGCUUGACCCUGAAUAACAACCAAAUCACCAUCCUGUCCGCCAACGCAUUCACGGGCCUGACUGCGCUGACAGAAUUGUAUCUUUCCAGCAACACCAUCACCAGCAUUUCCGCAAACGCGUUCACUGGCCUAUCUGCGCUGACCAUGGUGGAACUACAAUUCAACCAAAUCACUAGCAUUGCUUCAAACUCAUUCACAGGCCUGUCUUCGCUGAUUUUCCUGGGGCUCAGUAGCAACCGCAUCACCAGCAUUUCUGACAACGCAUUCACAGGCCUGACUCAGCUGGUUUCCUUAACUCUAUUUAGCAACCAGAUCACCAGCAUUUCCGCCUCUGCACUCACAGGCAUGCCUGUACUGCUCCAAUUGCGAAUCAGUGACAACCAGAUGACCAGCAUUCCCGCCAACGCAUUUCAAAGUUUCCCGGCGCUGAUGCUCUUGACUUUGACUGGCAAUCCCUUCACCACUUUGCCGCCCGGGCUGUUUCAGGGCAUGCAGAACGACAUGUACUUGACAUAUGACGGCCAAUUCUUCCAAUAUCUGGCCCCCAACAACUUUACCUUUGGUGGGAACACUGUCGCUCCGCCCAGCACAUACGGCAAUGCAUCCUACCCAUACAAGUGUGAUACAUUCUGUGCCACCUGCUAUGCCGCAGGGCCCGGGUCGUGUUGCGCGACCAACUGUCUGACAUGCACUUCAUCCACUGUGUGCACUCAGUGCUCUGAAGACUACGGCGUCAUGGAAGGGUCCUGCGUUCCCCUGUCUGUCAUUGCCUCCUCCGCUUCAGUCGCGUCCACGCAAUCUGCGUCGGUUGCGUCUCUCGUUUCCGCUACUUCGGAGCUCUCGGCAUCCUUUGCUUCGCUGGCUACUGCAUCAUCAGCUUCUGACGCUUCCGCUACCUCAGCGUUUUAUGCUUCACGCGCGUCUGCAUCUUCCGCCUCGGAAAUGUCUGCUUCCGACGCCUCCGCUACCUCGGCGUCUCUUGCUUCCCUCGCUUCUGAAUCUUCUGCUUCUAUUGAGUCUGCUGCAAGCGCAUCAUCUGCGUCUGUCGCUUCUGACGUUUCCGCCACGUCGGCGUCAGUCGCCUCACAGGCCUCUGCAUCGGCCGCCAGUGCUUCAUCCGUCUGGCAGACGUCGGCUGCAUCUGCCGCGUCCAAUGCGCCAAAGGGUUCAAGUGACUCAGAUUCAUGGCCUAUUAUUCUCGGAGUGAUUCUUGGCCUGUUAGCUCUCAUCUUGUUGGUUGCGCUGGCAGUGGCUCUUCGGCGUCGUCGCUCUCCAGCGGCACUGGCAACCACUGCAUCGGCUACCAAACUACGCGAGCCAACAUCUGACUCAUCCGACCCGACCUACCAGACCGUCGGCACUGUGCUGAACGCUGUGAAUCCAGCCUACGACAUUCUGUCUGCCAAUCCAACCUAUGACUCUUCAUCGGCGAAUCCCACCUACAACACUUUGUCUCCUCCUGGCAACCACGCCUUGUACGAACACGUUGACACAAAGCCCCAGGCUCCUGCGUCGGAGCAGGUGUAUGCUGAGGCAUCCAUGUCUGCAUCCGGUGAAACGAAAGCCUCAGGCAGCAGCGGUGUCGAUUACGCCGAUCCCUCGCUGCCCAAUGCCUCGUCUGUCCGUGUGCCGCCCACGUCCACACCAACCUCUUACUCGGCGAUCACUGUUGUGCCAUCUGAGCAGACGUACGAAGCAGUGUCUGCUACUGGCGCCCAUGCCGUGUACGACGAUGUUGGCGCAAUGACCAAAGCUUCUGGUGUCGAGUACGCCAAUCCUUCCCUGCCCAGUCCUUCUUCUGUUGGCGUGCCGCCCGCGUUCUCGCCAACCUCUUACGCGACUGUCACUGUACCUUCCUCACAGACCGAGAAGGUCGACAGCGCGUGAUUUCGUACAUUGUUUGUUGAUUUCACUCUGUGUUUUUGUUUUUUUGUCUCUUGCUCCCGCCCACCUUUUUCUCUUUUCUUUGACCAAGUACGCCGAACGCGCUUCAUCACACUCAAGAUUAUUCUCGCUUCUUUUGAGAGUGAUCGUUGCCGCGUUCAACAAGCGGAGCAUUUUGCAUUGUAGACAUUUUUGUAUCAAUG